UCUUACGCUUCAAUUUUGAAAAGAUGUCUCAAGGUUUUGCUUCCACAAUGGAACCUUUUAGAAAAGGUACAUCGUUCACUCAUUGGGUGGAACGAUUAGAAUUUGUAUUCAUUGCAAAUAAGAUUCCAGAAGAUGACCGUAAGGCCCAUUUUAUUACAUUGGUGGGACCGUACGUGUACUCGGAACUCAAGCUUUUGUUUCCGACUGGUAGUUUGGCAGCUGUACCGUUAGCUACCAUGAUAGAAAAAUUGAAAAUGAGAUUAGACAAAACUGCCUCUGGUGUUUGCCAAAGAAUUUCUUUUAACCAGCGUACUCAGAACGCUGAUGAGUCGGCGGAAGAUUUUUUAUUAGCAUUGAAACUUCAGGCUGAGCUGUGUGCCUAUGGUGCGUUUAAGGACACGGCAAUACGAGAUCGUUUGCUGGCUGGUUUGAAAGACGUUAUGCUUAAGCAGAGAAUUCUAAGCGAAGCUGAUCAAACCCUUGAGUCUGCUGAGAAAAUUAUACAGACCUGGGAAGCGGCAAAAAACAAUGUUAAAACUUUAUCUUCUGAACCAUUUUCUAUUCACAAUGUCGUUUCUAUGGCUUCAAAUGGUAAUACAAUGGGAAAAGCUAUGGGUAAACUGGCAGCGGCAUAUAAUGCUGCAAAUAAUCCAAUUCCUCAGAAACAAAAUAGCAGAUUACCUGUAAAAGAUAGACUAGGGUUCAGGCCAUAUGGAAAUCCUCGAUAUCAAAAGCAUUUUGGAUAUAAUAGAUAUCAACAGAAAAAUACUUGGAAACCAAAUAGCAAUUUUAAACCGGCAGACUUUCGAGAGAGCUUUGAAACUAGAAUUUGCGAUUUUUGUGGGGUAAAAGGACAUUUGAAGAAACGAUGCUUUAGGUUGAAAAAUAUGAAGAAAGAGGCCGUUAAGCUGGUGGAACAAAUGAAACCCGGAACGUCAGGUACGAGCACGCAGAAUAUUUCAGAAUUGAUGAACCGUAUGAGGACUGAGGAGUCUGACAACGAUGAUUCAGACGAAGGUGGAAAUUGGAAACGUAAGGGUCAACGCACACAGAAGUCAGCUUAGAGUGACUAAUUCGGACUCAAUGGUCCGGCCGAACAUAUUUUGUCCUGGGACGAUGGCAGGAUCGGCAAACGCAAGAGAUGA